GCCUUGCCCGCAGCAGCCGCCCCACCAGUCGCCCCGCUAGUUGCCCCCCUAGGGGAGCCGGGAGGACGGGAAGCAGCAGCUGCGCCAGAACCAGGAGGACAGAAGGCAGCAGCCGCGCAGGGCCCCAUUGAAAAUGAAACCAACCGCGAGAGGCCAGCCGUCCGAACCUGCGGAUGCACCCAGCGUGAGCCAAACCCUCGCCUCCCCGACUCCACUGUGGCCCUACCCCUGCAGGAAAUAGGACCCCCAGAUGAAACAGGCAACCCCCGACUCCAGUAUUGGCCCUUUUCCACCAGUGACCUUUACAACUGGAAAACACAGAACGCUCGAUUCUCUGAUAACCCUAAAGACCUAAUAGCUCUUUUAGACAGUGUCAUGUUCACCCACCAGCCCACCUGGGACGACUGUCAGCAGCUCCUCUGCAUCCUGUUCACUACAGAGGAGCGAGAGAGGAUCCAAUUAGAAGCAAGAAAGCUGGUUCCCGGAGACUACGGUCAGCCGACAUCUAACCCUGACCUCAUUAAUGCGGCUCUCCCCCUAACCAGACCUCCACAGGACGAAUGGGACUACAACACGGCAGAAGCCUUGCAGAGGGUCCAUGAAGAUGUAUGGCCCAAAUUAAAAGAACUUUAUGAAACUGGACCUCCGCCUAUUCCUCAUCAAUUCCGACCCAGGGAUUGGGUCCUCGUCAAACGUCAUUGGCAGGAGACUCUGGAACCCAGGUGGAAAGGACCCCUCCAGGUCAUCCUGACAACGCCUACGGCCAUCAAAGUAGACGGAAUCGCCUGGAUCCAUUACACCCACACCAAACCGGUGGACCCGUUCUCAGACCUCAUUGGACCCUCAAAGACAACCUGGACUGUUGACUGGACUAAGGACAAUCCUUUAAAAUUGACCCUACGCCGCCAACGGACUGAGCCGUAA